UGCGUUCAUUGGUAAAAGUGAAGCGUACGCGUGCGGUUGUUGCCUCAACUACUUACAACUUUUGCCCAACAUAAGUUGGUCUCCCCAGUGCUGUGCGAGCUUCGUGCUUUGUUUGUGUCGUUUAUUCCAAUCCAAUCGAGAAAGUUGUCCCGAGAUGUCUGUGCUGCGGACGCUGCUGCUGCUGGCACUGAGCGCCACCAUGGCGCUGGCCCAGCGCCGCUUGGCCCUGCCCGAUCCCCGGAGUUGUGCGAACCGGGUGCGGCAUGCCUCCUACAGGGAUGCCCGCGGAGUUUCGCACUCGUACUUCUUCAGCUGGGAGCAUGCACCGACGCGCAGCCUGGAGGUGGACUGGCUGGAUGCCAGAAAUAUUUGCCGUCGCCACUGCAUGGACGCUGUGUCGCUGGAGACGCCGCAGGAGAAUGACUUUGUGAAGCAGCGCAUUUCCCGCGGCAAUGUGCGGUACAUCUGGACGUCGGGCAGGAAAUGCAACUUUGCUGGCUGCGACAGGCCCGAUCUGCAGCCACCGAACGAGAACGGCUGGUUCUGGUCGGGAUCGGGCGCCAAGAUCGGACCCACCUCGCAGCGCAACACUGGCGACUGGUCGCCGACGGGUGGCUACAACCAGCCCCAGCCCGACAACCGGGAGGCUGCCCAGGGCAACGACGAGAGCUGUCUCUCCAUCUUGAAUAACUUCUAUAACGAUGGCAUCAAGUGGCACGAUGUGGCCUGCCACCACAUCAAGCCCUUCGUGUGCGAGGACUCCGACGAGCUGCUGAACUUUGUCCGCUCCCGGAACCCCAACGCCCGCUUGUAAUUCUACUCGUAAUUCUAAUGCUAAGCUUAAACAAAAAACAAAAAAAACAAAAACGAAGAUGAAAUUAAAUAUUUAUGUAGCCUUAGACGGAA